AUGCCGAUUUCACUCAAAGCCUGCAUGAAGGACAAGAGUGGUACAUAUCUUCAGGUUUCAUCCCAAAAGAAUUGGAAGGACCAGAAAUUUCUGGAAGGUUUUAUGAACGACCUCCUGAAAUCCAUGAGAUUGUCCGCUUUUGGACAAUCUUGGGAUGGUGAUGAUUUGGUUUGCUUAUUGCAUGCCGAUGAUGCUUACAGUGGUCAACUUCAUGUCGAAAAAAAUAAAUUAAUAAAAAAAUGUCCACUCUUCUUAAAGUCACGGGUGAGCAGAUGGUUUCAAAGAACCAUGAGUGAUGCAUGGUCACAGAUUUCUCAUAAAUACGAGUUUGACCUCAUAUACGAUCCACCAGCAGAGUUUGUGGCCUGUUGGCUGGGUCACUUACUGGUUUUCAUUGAGAGUAGCCUGAACAAAAAGUGUCUGUAUCAUGUUCUCAUUGGGAAUGCCUUGCCCCAAAUUGUUGUGGCACGCUGACCCUGUGACUCUCUUCCAUCCCCUUGUGGUGCAUGAAUGCAUCUACAAAAAUAUACAUACUUGUCUCCAGGAGAUGCUCUGA